UGGCGGCGGCUCGUUCAGUUUUGAGACAGCCACGUAUGGAACCAGAAGCCAAAAACCGACCCCGACGACUUAUCACCACCACAGCAGGCCGCGCUACAGCUGUGUGUGUGUUCGCGUGCGCGCGUGUGUGUGUGUUCCUCCGUAUGAAACGCAGCACUUUCAACCCCCACACACUUUGAGGGGAGCAGGAGCAGGACAAAAAAUCAUCCCGAGCAAAAGUGCCACCAUCUUUCUUUUUUGGGUGUGAAAAUUUUCCGGAAAAAACUGCGUUCCGAUUGCGGCGUUUGAAGUGAAGUGAAGUGUGGUGUGCUGCACCCGGAAGUGGUUCCUGGCCACCGGAGUUGGAACCCGGGCGGGGAUCUUCGCCCCCCUUUAAGGAUUACUGGAGCAAAAGAAAGAAAAUUUGGGAAAAUUUGAAGGAGCUAAACAAAAAAAACUGGUCCCGGGGAUGACCGCGGACCACGAUCCGCUUCCGGUCCGGUGCCGGAUGGACCGCAAAAAUGGCUGAAAGUCUGGCCAACCGCCGAAGACGACGGCCUGGUCCCACGUCGUCAUCACGCCCACGUGUAAAAACGGUCCCCGCCGCGCCUUGGCGAAUCUAAUCGGAACGAAAAAACUGCUGAAGCUGACACAACAUAGCCUCUGACGCAAAACGGCAGAAACUAUGAAGCAAGGAUAUAAGAGAAGAUUCCUUCCGGAACUGGUCACCGAUUUUGACGACGUCGACGUCUAAGUGGACUCACCAACGCAAAAGUGAGCUUCAAAGUGGGUGUUUCAAAUGUGAAUUUUUCUGUGAGUGAAAAAAAACCUUAAAAUUUUGUGCGAAAAAUAAAGAACUAAGGAUUACCAGUUCAGUGUUGCCAGCCAAAAAUCAGUCCUUGAAAGAAAGAUUACUUUUUUCAAGCCGAUCAUCGAAACACUCUCAAACCAAAAAAAGAAAUCUCAACCCUGAAGCGACGCGAUAAUGAUGAGCAUCCAAAGCGUUUGGAUCCUCGCAAGAAGCAGAAGCAGACGAAGUGAUGGCAACACUGGAGCGAUUCUGCGAAAUGUCACGGGACGCAUUGCCAACACGAUGGCAACACUGUCGACCCUGCUGCUGGUCGCCGGAGUUGCCCUCUGCGACGAGGACACAACGCCUCACCCCCUCGUGGACGACCACUACUGGCGCCACUCGCAGCCGAUCCUGUUUCCGGGCGCGAACCAGUUCGGUGGUCCCCCCUCACGACCGUACGCGUACAAUCCGGCCGCAGGCAAGCUAAAAUUCGACGGCCGGCUGGUGAAGGCCCAGAAGCAGAACCCCAACUCAAAGUCCAAGGCCAAUGGCGGCGGAGGUGGUGGUGGUGGCGGCGGCAAUGGACGCACCCCGUUGCCCCAUGGAAGGAUUAAGAUGGCACCGGGGCCGAUUCCGAUCGGGCAGGAGAUUCCGAAUGGGCCGGGUGAUUUGAGAAAUGGUCCAAGGAGGCCGGUGCCACCGGUUUACGGGACCGGCGGUGGAUUUGGGACACUUUCGCACGGGUUGAGUCGACCGGUUGGGGGAGAACGAACCGAGGGCAACCCGCGGAUGCACAACGGGUACGAGUACGGGGGAUCGCUGGACAAGGUGUUCGUGCCGGAGGGUGACCUUCUGGCGGGUGGUGCCGGAGCGGACAAUUCCCCGGGCGUGGACAACUGCGACAUUCAGUGCGAGCCGAAGGAGUUCAAGUGCGAGAAGAGUUGCGCCUGUGUCCACAUGGAUCUGCACUGUAACGGGCAGGCGGAUUGCAUUCUGUCCGAGGACGAGCAGAACUGCGAAGCGGUCCAGCAGGAGCUGAUGGCACGGAUGAAGGAGUCGUGUGAGGCCAGCGGAACGCACAUGAUUUGUGCGACCUCGACGACGUGCAUUUCGAAGGAGUGGCGAUGUGAUGGGGAUGACGAUUGCGGAGAUCGGAGCGAUGAACGCGGGUGUGGAACGGCCCAUCAGUGCACGGAGAACAAGUACCAGUGCGCGAACGAGCUGUGCAUCCCGCGGGAGUGGGUCUGCGACGGGGAUGACGAUUGUACGGAUCUGUCCGAUGAGAGGAAUUGUUCGAGGCAAUGCACCGCGGACGAGUUCCGGUGCCACGACGGGUCGUGCAUUUCGGCGGCGUUCGAGUGCGACGGCGAGGCGGACUGCAUCGACGAGUCGGACGAGGGUGCGUGCGACCGGCCCAUGCAGAGCUGUCCGGAGGGCGAGUUCAAGUGCAAGGGUUCGCUGGGUGGGUUGGGGGGCCCCGGGGGGAGGUGCGUGUUGAUGCGGUUCCGGUGCGACGGGGACAACGAUUGUGGCGAUUGGAGCGACGAGGAGGGCUGUCCGAAGAAGCAGGCGCUGUGUACGGCCAGUGAGUUCAAGUGUGACGACGGGGAUUGCAUUCCGAUGCAGUGGCGGUGCGACGACAAGCAGGACUGUAACACGGGAGAGGACGAGAAGGGAUGUCCGGUGGACAAGCUGGCGGGGAAGGAGUGCUCGCAGGAUGAGUACACGUGCAAGGAUGGUCGGUGCAUUUUGCGCUCCUGGGUUUGCGACGGAACCGCCGACUGCAAGCGCGGCGAGGACGAGCAGGACUGCGACAUCAAGUGCGAACGGAACCAGUUUACGUGUCCGGCCGCAGGCCGGAACAGCUCCCGCGACUCUCGCUGCAUCAACCAGAAGCACGUGUGCGAUGGUCACGCGGACUGCGCCAACGGCGAAGACGAGCAUCGCUGUCCGAUUGUCCACCCGUGCGGGGCGCACGCCAUGUGCGAGAAGAUCUGCGUGACGGCGUACAGUGGUCGGGAAGAGUGCCGAUGUCCGGUGGGCUACCUGCUUCACGGAAACGGAUACAACUGCACCGAUUUUGACGAGUGCACGAUCACCAGCAAUCCGGUCUGCUCGCAGGAAUGCACCAACACGAUCGGAUCGUUCAUGUGCAGCUGCAAGCCCGGGUACAUCCUGAGACCGGACGGGCGAACCUGCAAAGCCGUUGGAGGAUCGGUCAAACUGUUGAUGGCCAACCGUGCCGACAUUCGACAGGUUUCUCUCAGCAACAAUCAGUUUACGUCGAUCGUGAAGGGACUGCCGAACGCGAUCGCCCUCGAUUACCACUACCAAAAGGAUCUACUGUUCUGGACGGACGUCUCAAUCGACGUGAUCAAGCGAUCGUACAUCAACGGAACCGGCGUGCGUGACGUGAUCAAGUGGGGACUGGAGUCUCCAGGAGGUCUAGCGGUUGACUGGAUUCACGACCUGCUCUUCUGGACCGACUCCGGAACACGUCGAGUCGAGGUGUCCACCUUUGACGGCAAGCUACGGGCGGUGAUCGCGGCGAACGAUCUCGACAAGCCACGUGCGAUCGCGGUUCACCCUGGUAAAACCACUGUUUUCUGGACGGACUGGGGCACGGUACCGAAGAUCGAAAAGUCCUACAUGGACGGAUCGGAGCGACAGACGAUCGUGUCGGAGUCGAUCUUCUGGCCUAACGGCCUCGCGAUCGACUACACCACCAACCGGAUCUACUGGGCCGACGCGAAGCACGUGAUCGAGAGCGCAAACUUUGACGGGAAAGGACGCAAGAAGAUCCUCAGCAACAAUCUGCCGCAUCCGUUCGCCAUGACCCUCUUCGAGGACUCGAUGUACUGGACGGAUUGGCACACGAGGACGGUGUCCUCCGCCAACAAGGUCAACGGACGCAACUUCCGCAUCGUUCAAGAAGGUCUGCACUUCCCGAUGGACAUCCAGAGCUACCACCCCUCUCGCCAACCGGAAUACAUCAAUAGAUGCGCACAAGACUCCAGUGGUCGCCGUGGAGGUUGCUCCCACCUGUGUCUACCAAACCGGAACCACCGACGCUGCGCCUGCCCAAUCGGCCUAACCCUGAAACCCGAUCAACGCACCUGCUCCAACCAACCGGACAAACUCCUGCUAAUCUCCCGCAAGAAAGACAUCCGCGUGCGCCAGCUCGACCAACAAAAUCCAACAAAAGGCGUAGACAUGGUCGUCCCGCUCGACGGAAUCAAGUCGAACGUCGCGAUCGACUGGUGCAGCCAGUCGAACGUGAUCUACUGGACCGACGUCGGCAAGAGCAUCAUCAGCCGGGCGUUCAUCAACGGCAGCCAGCAGGAGGCGAUCAUCAAGUCGAACCUGAUCUCCCCAGCGGGUCUCGCGCUCGACUGGAUCACCGACAAGAUCUACUGGACCGACGCCGGUACGAACCGGAUCGAAGCGGCGAGCACCGAUGGUCGCCAGAGGGCGCUGCUGAUCUGGGAACGGCUGGACAAACCGCGGGACAUUGUCGUUCACCCGAGCGAGGGGUUCAUGUUCUGGUCGGACUGGGGUUCGAACCCGCUGAUCGAGCGCGCUGGGAUGGACGGGACGGGGCGGGUGACGCUGGUCUCGGAGAACCUGCAGUGGCCGAACGGACUCGCGCUGGACAUUGACAGCCACAAGUUGUACUUUGUUGAUGGCGGGACGAAACUGCUGGAGUACGUGAACUUUGACGGGACUGGCCGGAAUCGACUGAUCACGGAGGGGCUCAAGCAUCCGUUUGGGCUGGACGUGCACGAUCGGAAGGUUUACUGGACGGAUUGGGAUACGCACAGUAUUCAGGUGGCGGACAAGAUCACCGGGAAGAAUCGGGACACGAUUCUGGCGAACAAUACCGACUUGAUGGAUAUCAGGGUAUUUCAUCGGACUCGGAAGGACGUCCGCAAUCCUUGCGGAUCGAGGAAUGGCGGCUGCUCGUACAUCUGCUUGCUGAACCCAUCCGGAUAUUCCUGCGCUUGCCCGAUUGGAAUUCAGCUGAAUGACAACGGCAAAACGUGCAAGGACGGCCCCUCGAACUACCUGAUCUUCGCGCACCGUACCGACAUCCGGCAAGUCUCGCUGGACAGCGACUACCAAAUAGACGUGGUCCUCCCCCUGCCGCCGAUCUCGAACGCCGUGGCGCUGGACGUGGACGCCCGCACCGGUGACGUGUACUGGGCGGACACGAUCGAGGACGUGAUCAUGCGAUCGUCGCCGAACGGGAUGCGCAUCAAGCAGGUGCUCAGCGAGAGCAUGGACAGCGUGGACAGUUUGGUGGUGGACUCGAUCGGACGGAAGAUCUACUGGGCGGACGCGGGGAGGUGCUCGAUCGAGUGCAGUGAGCUGGAUGGUAGCGUGAGGACGGUGCUGGUUUGGCACGAUCUGGAUCAUCCGAGGGGAAUCGCGCUGGACUACGACAUGGGAUAUCUGUUCUGGUCGGAUUGGAGGAAGGAUCCGGUGAUCGAGCGGGCCGAUAUGGACGGUGAGCGGAGGAAGACGAUCGUGACGACCGAUUUGGGCUACAUUAGUGGGUUGGCGGUGGAUGGGCAUGAAAAGCGCAUCUACUGGACCGAUUCGAAGAGCAAGAAGAUCGAGUCGUGUGACAUGAACGGCAACUCGCGGAAGGUACUGCUGGAGAACAUCCCACAUCCGCAUGCGUUGGCGGUUACGCGCGGUAUGGUGUAUUGGACGGACUGGAUGACCAAGGCGUUGCACUCGGUUUCGAAAACAAACAUUAGCAAGAUCAAGAAGGUGGCGAAAGAUUUGGAGAAUCUGAUGGACGUCAAGGUCGUGCUGGAGCAGGAGGAGUACACUGAGGACGCUUGCGGCAAGAACAACGGCGGGUGUUCGCAUCUCUGCUUGAGGAAGCCGAAAGGGUACUCGUGCAAGUGUCCGACGGGACUGUUGAUGCGGGAAACCGGUGGCAAGGAGUGCAAGACCGUUCCGGAUGAGUACCUGUUGGUGGCGCUUCGCUCCGGCAUCGGUCGCAUCUCGCUGGAUACCCAGGAUCUGUUUGACGUGGUUCUGCCGAUCGAUGGAGUUCACGGAGUGGUCGCGUUGGACUACCACUUUGACCGGAUGUACAUCUUCUACGCGGAUGUCAACGUGGACGCGAUCCGGCGAGUUAGCAUGAACAACUUUUCCGACUCGAAGGUGAUCGUGGCUAGUGGGUUGAAUACGCCGAACGGAAUCGCCGUGGACUGGUUGGCCGACAAUCUGUACUGGACGGAUGCGGCGUUAAAGAAGAUUGAGGUCUCGAGGUUGGACGGUAGUUGCCGGAAGGCGGUGUUGACCGGGGGUUUGGAUGACCCAAGGUCGAUCAUUUUGUACCCGAAGCGGGGCUUCAUGUUCUGGGCGGAUUGGGGACAGGCUCCGAGGAUUGAGAAGGCCUACAUGGACGGGUCAGAGCGGCGAAGUAUUAUCGAUUCCGAGUUGGGCUUCCCAACCGGACUGGCCAUUGAUUUUGACAUGAAGAAGCUGUACUGGGCCGACGCUCAGCAGGAUCGGAUCGAGAUGUGUGACUUUGACGGGAAACGUCGUACGCGGGUCAUUUCGCAGGCCACACAUUCGUUCGGAUUCACGCUGAUCGGUGGUUACAUGUACUGGACCGACUGGCACAACAAAUCCGUGCUGCGAGCACCGAAGCGAGUGGCCGCUCCCGUCGAGGAGGUCCGUUUCGGACUGCGAGGUGCCCUCGAAAUCCGGUCCGUGUCGGGAAGCCGCCAGCCGCAUGACAUCAACCCUUGCGCCAAGGACAACGGUGGCUGCAGUCAUCUGUGCCUGUUUGCCGAAACGCGCUACGUCUGUGGCUGUCCAGACAUUGCGGAUGACGAGACCCACUGCCGGCUGGAACCGGCCUUCAACGUGCCGAUCCUAACAAACGACGAGAUAACCGCGGAAACGGAAUCGCAAUCAUACUUUCCGACGCUGCGCAAGAAGGAUCAGUGA